AUGGCCAUCCACCGCGCCUCGCGCCGCUCCUCGACCGCCGCCGCCCCGUCUCCCUCCGACCCGGCGAGCACGCGCUCGGCCGCCGCUGCCGCCGGCCUCGACGCGAGCUCGGAGGGCGGCGCCGCGUACGCGCUGCGCAAGCGGACGCGCUCGGGGGCGGGGCUCGAUGGCGACGACGAGGGCGGGCGGGAGAGGGACGGUCGAGGGGCGCUACACAAGAAGGAGAAGGGGGGCAAGAAGGGGCCGGGCAAGGCGGCGGGCAAGGGCAAGGGCAAGGGCAAGGGAGCGGGCCAGAAGAAGAAGAAGAAGACGACGACGGCGGCGGCGGUGGCGGUGGCGGGGGCCAGGAGGGCCGCGACCAAGGGUCGGGCCAAGCAGGGCACGGCGUCGCCCGUCGACGUCGAUCCGGCGCCCGAGCACGUCCCGCCGCCGACGAGCGAGUCGCUGUCGAUGCCCGGGCUCGUCGCGGCGGCUGUCGCGGCGGCCGAGCAGGAGGUCCACGACGACGACGACGACCUGUCGUCGCUCACGUCGCUCAGCGACGACGAGCCCGAGCCGCACCCGCCCUCGAGCAGCCCUCGCGCGUCGAGCCUGUUCACCGCCGCCGCCGACGACGACGAGCGCAGCAUCGACGGCGCCGCCGCCGACUAUGCAGACGACGACGAGCAAGACGACGACGACACCUUCGACCCUGUGCACCCGAACCGCACCUCGCGCCCUCGUCGCAAGAGCACCACGUCCGACUCGCGCAAGUCGUCCGCCUCGUCGUCCACCUCGUCGGCGGCGCGGCCAGCACGGGCGGCGAGCAGGCGCCGCGCGUCGCUGUCGCCCGUCGUUGAGGUGCCCGUCGCUGCCCGGGCUCGGGCGCACAAGCCGGGCCCGAGGGAGCGCGCGCGCAGGGCGGCCGAGAAGGCGGAGGAGGAGGAGGCGAGGGCUCUGGCCACGAGCGUGCAGAGAAGGCGCUCGACCGCAGCUCAAGUCGACGCGCCGACUGCCGCAAGACGCACGUCGACCGACCUUCGUCCGCUCGCCAUGCCGACCGUCGUCGAGCUGUACGACCGCCGCGGCUUUGUCCUCGACCAGGCUCGAGUCGAGGCGACGAGCGACGUCAUGCUGCAGCGACGCUCGGAGAACGCGGUCGAGUCGGCCAUCGAGGCGCUCGAAACGGGCACGCAGCAGACGGCGCUUUGCCUCGCCAUGAACCGCUUCAGCGCGUGGUGCGCCGACAAGACGGUCCAGAUCCCCGUCUUUCCCCUCACGGGCGCCAAACUCGCCCUCUUCCUCGCGCGCUGCACCUCGACCCCGCUCGGCUCGAUCCUCCUCUCGACCUUUCCUCAACCGGCGGCGUACCCGCUCCCCGUCGCCGACUGCCUCGACGUCAACCUCACGGCCGACGAGGGCAACCGCCUCACGCGCGAGCUCGUCAAGUGCUGGGUCGACGCCCUGUCGUACGCCCAGAUGGCCACGUUCGACAUCUGGGCCCCGCACAUCGAGCUCAUGCGCCACCACCAGCACGGCCUCGCCGGUGCGGGUGCCGCCGUCGGUGCGCUCGACCCAAGCGAGCCGCACCCGUCGCUGCGCCCGCUGCACGAGGACCGCGCCGUCCUCGAGGUUCUCGGCGCGCUCGAGCCGGCGGCGCACAUGCAGCGGUACGAGGAGCGCAUGCGGGCGUCCAUCAGCCUGGGCACCGGCACCGGCGGCGGCGGCGGCGUCGAGGGUGUCGGCGAGGCGACGGUCGCGCUCGCGCUCGCGCAGGUCGUUGGCGCAGCGGGCGAGAUGGGUCCGCCGAGCGGGACGGGCAAGGACAAGGGCAAGGGGAGGGCGGUCGCGCUGGGCGGGGAGCAGCAGGCGAGGGCGGCGCCGGCGGCGAGCGGCAAGGGCAAGACUAAGUGGGUCAAAGGCGGCAAGGCCGUCGCGCCGCCCAUCCCGCUUCGUGGAGCCUCGUCGUCGUCAAGCAUCACCUCGCACGGCCUCCCGCCACGGUCCGACACGUGGACGGCCGCCACCUCGCCCGAGCACGCGGCGCUCAGUCGGCCAACGUCGACCGACUGGACGACGAUGCACGUCCCACACGGCGACGCGUUCGCCGAGCCGAGCACGUCCUUCCUCGAGCAGGCCUCGUCGACCUUCCUAAGUGACCUCGGCGGCGAGCCGACGUUCGCCAACUCGUUCGACGAGCAGUACGGCAUGCCGUUCGAGCCGACCUCGCCGCGCCUGUAUCGCCGCUCGAGCACGUCGAGCCUCGUCCUGCAGCCCGUCCUCGACCUCGCGGCCUUCCCUCCUCUGGCUCCUCCCGCCGACCCCUUCGCCGUGGCCGACUCGUCGUCGCACGACGCGGCGAGCUACCUCAUUGACGAGCAGUGGCGCCUGUCGACGACCGGGGGCGCACCGAGGCGGUCGCGCAGCGUGACGCACGCCGCGCGCCUCGAGAACGGCUCGGGCCCGCCGGCGAGCAGGUUCGACCUCGACGCACCGGCGCCGGCGCCCGCGCAGGCGCACAGCUCGUACCUACCCGUGCGUUUUGCGGCGCGCCAGGUCGGGCAGUCGGAGCGGCCCGCGCCGCAGCAGCAGCAGCGGCCGGCGCCGCCGCCGCCCGAGCAGCGCCCGCAUCCUCGGCCUUCGCCCGAGCAGCAGGUCCAGCAGCGGCGCCCUCGACCGCGCUACGUCGAGGAGUCGCAGUCGGGCGAGCAGCGCUUCGUCUCGGCGCAGCGUGCGACGCCAAAGGCUCGUCCAGUCGGCCGACUGCGCACGAACGAGCCGCACUUCCUGCGCCGCGAGCCGCCUCGCCAUCGCCUCGAGCCCUCGCGCCCCGUCAAGGAGCAGCCGCACGUCGUCCACGAGCGCCCGCAGCGCGUCGUCGUCGAGCCGGAGCAGCAGCGCGUCGAGCCCGUCGAGGAGUACGACCCGACCCGUCCUCAGCUCGGCGGCAGCAGGCUCUCGCUCCCACCAGCUCCAGCCGGCGCCUCGAGGCUGCACCAGCGCCGCAACGCCAUCGUCGCGACACCGCCAGUGCCGCAGCCCGAGGCGCCGCCCGCGUUCGUCAUCGUCAACGGCCAGCGGUACCAGCUCGCCCGCGACUCGCCGCCACCGCCGGACCCUGGCUCUGCGCCGACGAUCGAGGCGAGGGCGCCUCUCGACGACCCGACGCAUCCGCCGUACUCGAUGGCGGGCUCGACAGCGCCGCGGUCGUCGCAGGGCGGCGGCGAGCCAGCCCGCUCGGACCCUCUUCACGAGCCCGGCCACCCUCGUCCGCCCUCGCCCGACUCGCAGGCGCCGCACAAGGGCUUCCAGUUCGGCACGCGCUCGAGCAUGCACCCGCACCCUCCUCCACCGCCGGCGUCGUCGUCGUGCCGCGAGCAGCCGGCCGAGCGCGUGCCGUCGUGGACGAUCCCGCGUCAUGCAGCCGAGCCCGACCAGUUCUUUGCCCAGCUCGUCGCGCGCACGUCGUCAAUCCACGGCACCGAGCCCGACCAGGCGCACGUCGGGCCGCCCUCGGUCCAACCGUCGCAGGCGCAGCAGUCGGUGUCGGCGACGCCGCAGGGGCACUUGCCGCACCCGGCUUACCUGUUCGCGCAGCGGCCUGCGUCGCCGCCGCCCUACGUCGACGGUCCUCCCGCCUACGUCGGCGCGGCUCGGACCUCGUGUGUCGACAAGUGGCGCCGAGCGGCACCCGACGGCUUCGUCGGCCAGGUCACUCUGCCCGCGGCCUCGUCGGCGGCGUACCCGACGCCCGAGUCGCCCUCGGGCCUCUUCAACGGCGGCGAGUACCCGGGCAUCGGGCCGACGUCGUUCGUGCCCCUCGAGGGCGUCGUCGCUGCCGAGAUUCGCGGCAGCCCGCCGGCGGCGCUCGAGCCUGUCCGCCCGGCUCAGGAGGACGAGGCGGCCGAGGGCGCGCAGCAGGAGAGCGGGGCGCAGGGGCAGCAGCUCGAGACGGCGGCGACGAUGGUCGGGCUCGGCAUCGGGCUCGAGUAG